AUGUCCGGCACCUCGGGGAAACGCAAGGAAAUUUACAAAUACCUUGCACCAUGGCCGCUUUAUUCGAUGAAUUGGUCGGUGAGACCGGACAAACGCUUCCGGCUUGCCCUUGGGAGUUUCGUCGAGGAAUACAACAACAAAGUACAGAUCAUCAGUCUAGAUGAGGACACGAGCGAGUUCAGUGCCAAGAGUACGUUCGACCAUCCUUAUCCUACGACAAAAAUCAUGUGGAUUCCCGACUCGAAAGGCGUCUAUCCGGACCUGCUAGCAACCAGUGGUGACUAUUUGCGGUUAUGGCGAGCCGGCGAACCUGACACACGUCUCGAGUGUGUACUGAACAACAACAAAAACAGCGAUUUCUGUGCACCACUCACGUCUUUCGACUGGAACGAAGUCGACCUAAACCUAGUGGGGACGUCUUCGAUCGACACCACCUGUACGAUAUGGGGCCUAGAGACGAGUCAGCCACUCGGGAGAGUGAACCUCGUUUCAGGACACGUCAAGACACAGCUCAUCGCACACGACAAAGAGGUGUACGAUAUAGCGUUCUCACGGGCCGGUGGAGGCCGCGACAUGUUCGCGUCGGUUGGAGCUGACGGUAGCGUACGAAUGUUCGAUUUACGCCACUUGGAGCAUUCGACCAUCAUCUACGAAGAUCCCGCUCACACACCGUUACUGCGGCUGGCAUGGAACAAGCAGGACCCGAACUAUCUGGCCACGGUGGCGAUGGAUAGCUGCGAGGUUAUCAUUCUGGACGUGAGAGUCCCGUGUACGCCUGUUGCGCGACUUAGCAAUCAUCGAGCCUGUGUGAAUGGGAUUGCGUGGGCUCCACAUAGCUCGUGUCACAUCUGCACGGCGGGAGAUGACCACCAGGCGCUGAUUUGGGACAUACAGCAGAUGCCACGGCCCAUCGAGGAUCCGAUCCUGGCCUAUACGGCUGCAGAAGGUGAAGUGAACCAGAUACAGUGGGGUGCCACCCAACCGGACUGGAUUGCAAUCUGCUACAAAACCGCAUGCGAAAUCCUGCGUGUCUAA